AUGCAAAGAUGUGUAAUAUACACAUAUGGAUUAAUAAUUGUAUUAAUUUCUUACACACACUGCUCUGAUAAACCAGAUGCUAAACUAGAUGAUAAACUAGAUGAUAACGCAGAUGAAAAUGCCUCUAGUAACAUAUAUGAUAUCAUAGAUUUCAUUCAAGAUCAACCUACUCCACAGGAUGGAAAAUAUUAUUUAAUAGAACCUCAUCCUGGUAAAGAUGGAAAAUUCAGAUUAGUUCCAAUUACUCAUCUGGAAUAUAUACCAGCCACACCAGAACCUACAGAACCUCUUACUGAAUCAGAAUCUCCUGGACCUUAUCAACAGUAUGGACCAGGAUAUCAACAAAUACAAUCUACACCUCAGUAUCAACAGUAUAUACCACAAUAUCAACCACAGUAUUCAGGAUAUCACACUCAACCAUAUUAUCCUGAACCACAACAGUAUCAACAACCAGAACCAAUACCACAUAUACAACCUACACAAUCAUAUGUACCAGAACCACAGCCUAAGGAUACUCAACUGGAGCCAUUACUAGAAUCUGAAUCUGAAUCUGAAUCUCCAGAAGAAGAUAAUUUUGAGGUAACAGAAACUACUGUAGAAACUAAUGAAUCUGGAGUUCAAGGUAUAUUUGAAAAAGACUAUGAACCAGUUGUUAGUCAACCAGAAUCAUUAUUAACUGAAGAUGAAAGUACUGAAACAAUAAAGCCUAAUGAACCAAAACACCCACAUCAUAGUUAUAAACAUAAUAGACCAACUCCACGUCAUGGUAAAAUAACUGAAACUAUAGUUAAACCAGAACAGGAACUAGAACCUAUGAAACAUAUGAAACCAAUAUAUCAUAAACCAGGAUAUUAUAAACAAGCUGAUACUAUUAGGAAAAAAUCUGAAAGCACUAAAAUAUGUAAACAAAUUACUUUUAUUAAGAAAGAUGAAAUGGGUAAUUUUGUCGAAAUGGAUAAUCUUGAUUUUGACAUAGAUUACGAGGUAAAGACUACGAUUAAAUAUUCAUUCAAAACUAAUCUAGAAAUAAUCUAUUGUGACGGUGAGAUAGUUUAUACUCAUGAUAUUGGAACUGAAUAUCCUGUAUCAUUAAAAUACAGUAAAUUUAUGGGAAGGUUCAUUAUGCAAUUAAGAAAGGAUUUUCUUUUCAUCAGAUACUUAGAUGACAGAUGGUUAGUAAAAACUAGAAAAAUUCCAGACUAUAUAAAAAUAUUCACACAAGAUGAUCAAGGGAAUUACAUUGAACUGACUCCAGAACACUGCAAUAUUGAUAUAACUUCAACUGGAUCAUUUAAAUAUAAUGUUGAUUCAUUAAAAUGUACCAGAAUUGAAUAUUAUAAUGAACUAGUUUGGGAUAAAAGGAUUAAGAGAGGUUAUCCAAUGACAAUAUGUUAUAGUCUUAAAAUAUCAUUUAUGAUUUAUUUCAAAGGAUAUGUUUCUUUAUAUGAAAGAAUAAAUGGAAUGUUUUAUUUAAAACAUAUUAGAAGUAAUAGAACAAAGGGAUCCUAG